CCCUCCCCGAGCGGCGGGGACAGGGGCGCGUGGCCUCUCCGUGGGCCCGAGCUGUGUCGGCCACCGAGAAGCUGCCUUUCCCAUCGCAUUAGGGCCAGAGACGCCCUGAGCGAUACCGGCGCCACUUGCGACCAUUUGGGGGCGGCCGCGCGGCGUGCCCUUGGGGAGAAGAUCCACUCGUUGGUUUUAUAUCAGACCUGACAAGGCCUCGGUUGUCAAAGGUGGCACCAGGAAGAUGUCACACACAGGAAUAAAACUUUUCCUAGAGGGGAUGAUAAGGAGACCUCUGAAGGUGAAUGCAUGUGUGUACCCACACUUGGCAGCUUUGUGGGAGACUAAGGAGUCGGCAAAAGAAAGUUCCAGCCAGAAUAAGGAAUCCGGCCCACAAGUGGACAAUGUUGGUCCUGAAAGUGCUCGUUGCCACUUCCGGAGCUUCUAUUACCAUGAAGCACCUGGACCACUCGAGGCAGUCUGCCAACUUCAGCGAUUAUGCCAUCAGUGGCUGAGGCCAGAGAUCCACUCAAAAGAGCAGAUCUUGGAACUGCUGGUGCUGGAGCAGUUCCUGACCAUUCUUCCCAGGGAUGCCCAGAAAUGGGUGCAGAAGUAUCAUCCACAGAACAUCAAAGAGGCUGUAGCCCUGGUAGAACGCUUUCAGAGAGAACCUGGUGGAAUAAGUGAUGAGGUCACAGUCCAUGAGCUGGGAAAGGACGUGCCCUUGGGAGGAACAGCAAUGGUCCAAGGCUUUAAGCUGAAGCCAACAGAGCACCAGCCAAUGGGUGUGUUCCCAUUGAAAGAUUGUUGGAAUACAUACCAGGUACUCCAAGAACACCUGGGCUGGACUCAGAAUAUUCAUAAACAGAAAAGAGAAAUUUUCUCUGGCUCUUUUCCAUCUACAGCUCUGCCUACUCAACAGAUUCUAGCCCUUUCUGGGCAGAAAAACACCAAAAACUGGAAGAUGGUGUCUGAGUUCAUUCUGCCUAAGUUCCAGAGUUUGUUGACAUUUGAAGAUGUAGCCGUGUCUUUUUCCGAGGAAGAGUGGAAAUUACUGGAUCAUACUCAGAAGACCCUUUACAAUGAAGUAAUGCAUGAAAACUAUGAAACUGUCAUCUCUCUAGGGUUAAAGCUCAAAAAUGAUACUGGAAAUGACAAACCUAUCUCUGUUUCUACAGUAGAAAUACAAGCAUCAGGGUGCAAAGUAUUACAAAAGGCCAAAAUGAAAGUUUCUCAGAAAGCAGCAGGCAAAGAAAAUCAUGGUGGUAAAUGCAGAGCACAGAAACGGCAUCAAGCCUUUCCGGGGAAGAAAAGAAGGAAACCUUCAACUUGUAAACAAGAGCUUCCAAAAUGCGUGGAUCUUCAAGGGAAAGGCAAUGUAGAAGAAAAACCUUUUAAAUGUCAGGAGUGUGGGAAAAGCUUCAGAGUUAGUUCUGACCUCAUUAAGCACCAGAGAAUUCACACUGAAGAGAAACCUUAUAAAUGUCAGCAAUGUGAUAAGAGGUUUAGAUGGAGUUCAGAUCUUAAUAAGCACUUAAUGACCCACCAAGGAAUAAAACCAUAUAGCUGUUCAUGGUGUGGGAAAAGCUUCAGUCAUAACACAAAUCUACACACACACUUAAGAAUCCACACAGGUGAGAAGCCCUUUAAAUGUUAUGAAUGUGGAAAAAGGUUUAUUCAGAACUCUCACCUUAUUAAACACCAGAGAACCCACACAGGUGAGCAGCCUUACACUUGUAGCAUAUGCAGGAGAAAUUUCAGCAGGCGGUCAAGCCUUCUUAGACACCAGAAACUUCACAGGAGAAGAGAAUCAUGUCCAGUGUCUCCAGUCUGAAGAAAGUCACCAUAUGGAGCUUGACCCCAGACAUCAUGAAAGAAUACAAAAUUAUGAGGCAUCCAAUGAUAGGAAUCUCAUCAACAGAAAAUUCGGGAGGGGUAUAUAACAUGCUUCACAGAAAAGUGACUACGCUAUUUGUUUUAGUCAGCAUUGUGUCUUCAGUGCCUAGCACAAAAGCGAUCAAUAAUAAAUACUUUAUAAAUAAAGGAAUGAAAUACAGCUUAUCAUAUCUCUAUAGCUAUCUGUGUGGUUAUUCAGCUUCCUCAUCCCCCCCCAAUCUACAUUUUAAAAAUACUAGGUGUUUAGCAAAUACAUGAUGUUCAUGAGCCUUCCCCAGGAGAGAUGGACUUUAAAGUAUCCAGGUCCUUAGAAGUGAGUGCAGAGAGAAUUACUAAGUUGUUGACAGUUUCUAUGGCUAACAUUCUCUUUGCAUGAAAAACCAAGCCCAGGGCAAGAGAGGAUUUGUUGUUUGCUCUGGAAGACAUGUCUCCAUUAUAAUUGCCUCUACCCUGAGUGCCCUCUUUGCAAUGUUUUCUGUCCAGAAAUUCUAGGCAGCAGGUGAAGGCCUGAAUGCCAAUAUAGACCUAUGAAUCUUACAAGCACUUGAUAUCUCCUUAUUCUUUCAACACUGAGGUAUAUAGGAUGAAAUUAUAAAGAAAGCAGUGUGUGGUAUCUCUCCCUUUGUGGAAAGCACAGGGAAGUAAUAAAUGGUGUUUUGUUUUGUUUUUUUAAUACACAUAGGGUAAGGUAUGGGGAAAGAAGGCUGGAGUUUCCAUUCCCUUUCUGGGAGAGCCACUCUCCCAGCACCACUGUGUGCUGACCAACCUAGAAACUCUGAAACCUACCUGUAUCUUUGGGAAUUUUUAUGGAGGCGUCACCACAUCUGCAUGAUCAUUAACUUGUUUUUCAGUCUAGUUCUCCUCCCUGGAGGAUGGGGGUUGA